AUGUCCGACUCUGGUAGUGAUGCUGUCCCUGGCGCAGCAGCCACGCCAAACUUACCUGUCAGCCCUGAUGUUCAGGCUCUGUUGACCUUCAUGCAGGCACAGAUGACAGCCGCAGCGGACCGCGAGGCACGCCUGACUGCCCUGUUGAGUAGCUCCAAUAGUGGCAAUACAUCCACAUCGCAGCCCACGACGAAACAAAUCUCGGUGGAACGGCCCAUCCUGCUUUCCUCUGCCACGCUCGCGGACCUCAACGCAUGGGAGGAGGCUUGGGAGGAUUACGCGAGAUGCCAGAAACUGUCCGUUCAGGACCGACUCACACGAGUGAGUGCUCUACGCCAGGCACUAGAUGAAGACAUAAAGCGUUAUUUGCGCGAGGGGAUCAUCGCCGUGGCCACUAAUGCCGAUGCCUCGGACAUAAUCUGUGCUGUCAAAAAAUAUAUCCGUCGGCAACGUAACCCGUUGCUGGAUCGGAUAGACUUCUAUAACCAACGCCAGCAACGUGGUGAAACCUUUGAUGCUUUUUACACCGGCUUAAAGGAGUCCUUUGCUGCCUGCGACUUCGCCGACUUGCAAGUCUGUUCCGCAUGCUCUGCGCGCAUGUGCAGCAGUUGCCCCAAGAUGCUGGUGCAAGCACACGAGGAGAUCCUCCGUGACCGAAUUGUUGUGGGUGUGCACGAUGACGACACUCGGCACAAAUUGUUAGCCGAACAAUCCCUGACACUAGCUAACGCCGCAAAGAUUUGCCGUGCUGAGGAAGCAGCAAAGCAAACUGGGGAUGGUAUUCUGCCGUCAGCAUCGAUCAACGCCGCCCGUAGGUCACAGUACCAGCGUCAGAAACGCUUUGGUGACAAGCCGGCGCCGGACGCCACCUCUAAGGCAGCACCCCAGUCUGCUUAUUCAUCACCCAAGAAAUGUCCCCAGUGUGGCCGCUCUACGCAUACCAAGUCUGCCUGCCCCGCUGCUGGCAAAACUUGUAACGGCUGCAAAGCCACUGGACAUUUUGAAAAAAUGUGUCCGAAGAAAUCCAAGCAGCCACGUGGUUCCAAGAUCGGCCAGCUGAAGCUCCAGCAAGCAUCAUCCGGGCAACAAGGCACCGUGUCUGUGACGACUACGCUCAACACGGAGGAGACAGGUGCAGCCAUUAACUGGAUACCGGACAGCGGCAGUGAUGUCGACGCCAUUGGUCUUCGUCAUCUUGACCUUCUGGGUGGAUUCCCAGAAAACCUGGCGGAGGACCCAGACGUUGUCACCGGUGUGAACGGUCAGCCUCUCGUAUCCGUUGGCCAGAUCAGUUCCAGUCUUGGGCUAGGAUCCAAGACUCACCGCACCACCAUACACGUGUACUCCGAGCUGUCGGAUGCCUUGCUCUCCCGGACAUCCCUGUGUGCGCUCGGAUUGCUGCCGCCCAACUGGCCUUCUGUUUGCCGAGUUGAGCGCAAACCAGCACCUGAGCCCACCGCCGACCAGAUUCGCACUGAGCUGCUGGAGGAGUUUUCUGACGUGUUCGACUCUGACAGUCUGAAGCCCAUGUCUGGUCCGUCAAUGGACAUUCAGCUCGAACCAGACGCUACACCUUCCUGUGUUCAUCACGCUAGACCAGUGCCCUAUGCGUUUCGGGACCAGAUUAAGGAACAGCUUGACAACAUGGUGAAGGAUGGCAUCAUUGAGCCUGUCUCUGAACCCCGCGACUGGUGCCACCCUAUUGUUAUAGUCGACAAGAAGGGCACCACUGAGAAGCGUCUAACGGUGGACUUCAAGAAGCUGAACGAUCAGAUCCAACGUCCCACGCAUCCGACACAGCCACCUCGUGAUGUCGUCACCAGUGUCAGCGGUCGCUUCUUUACGAAGCUCGAUGCUCGCCAUGGCUACUGGCAAGUGCCACUCAGCGAAGCAGCGCGGCCAUUGACAACGUUUAUCACUCCAUGGGGCCGGUAUCAGUACUUGCGCAAUCCGCAGGGCCUCAUCUCGGCCGGAGACGAGUAUAACCGCCGUAUGAGCACGGCAUUCGACAACAUCACCAAUUUCAAAAAGGUCGUCGACGACUGUCUCGUCUAUGAUGACGACCUUGGUGACCAUGUGGCACGCGUCCGGCGCGUAUUGUUGUGUGCGCGCGAGCACGGCGUAACCCUUAGCGCGAAGAAGUUUGUGUUCGCUGCUACCGAGAUCGAGUUCUGCGGCUACAUCCUGAAUGCUGACGGUUGGACUGUCGAUGACGCUAAGCUCUCUGCUAUCCGCGACUUCUCCACCCCGACGAAUCGGACCGACCUCCGAUCGUUCAUGGGCCUCGUAAAUCAGCUUGCUGAGUUUACACCUGCUAUCGCCGAGCUGGCGACACCGCUUCGUGGUCUGCUGAAGACGUCUGCUGUUUUCCAGUGGGAAACGCCACACACCGAUGCGUUCAACCGUGUGAAGAAUGCUCUGGUCGAACCCCCCAUUCUGGCGUAUUACCAACCUGGUCUGGAAACACGUCUGGAAACAGAUGCAUCCCGCACGAAAGGUCUCGGCUAUGCACUGUUCCAACUGCACCCGUCUGGCUGGCGCCUCGUCCAGUGUGGUAGCCGCUUUAUCACCGACACUGAAAGCCGCUACGCUAUGAUUGAGCUUGAAUGUCUUGCUGUGGUCUGGGCUGUGCGCAAGUGCCACCUGUACCUUGCCGGCAGCAGAUUCGACCUCAUCGUAGACCACCAGCCCCUGAUUCCGAUCUUCAACGCGUAUAGCCUGGAUCAGGUCGAGAAUCCUCGUUUGCAGCGUCUCCUGCUGAAGCUUCGGCCGUACCAAUUUCAUGCUUCCUGGAGACAAGGAAAGCUGCAUUAUGCCGCCGACGCUCUGUCUCGAGCACCCGUCUCCGACCCACAAGCAUCUGACCUGCUUGGAGAAGACGACCUGCCAUCUGGUUCUGCUAUUCGUGCGUGCCUCCGUGCUGAUGACUCUGGUUCGAUGUCAGCAUUACGCUAUGCGAAGCUCCAAGAUGCGUGCGCCUCGGACUCUGAGUAUCAAGAUCUCCUGCAGAUGGUACUCACCGGCUUCCCGCGCUCCUGGUCCGACCUUCCACGGCAUCUGCAGCCCUAUUGGAAUGGACGCGAACACCUAUCUGUCGACUCCGCCGUCGUACUGAAGGGCAAUCGCAUCGUAGUACCUGCUGCUCUACGUGCAUCUGUGCUGCACGAUCUACACGCUGCACACCAAGGAAUUGACCGCACCAAGCGCCGUGCGCGUCAACUAGUGUACUGGCCUGGUUUGAACUCUGAGCUUGACCGCCUUGUCCGUGCGUGUCAGCCCUGUCGUGAGUUCCAGCCAUCUUUGCCGAGAGAACCGCUGCAGAGUGACCGUCAACCGUCAAUGCCGUUCGAGAGUGUCAGCUCUGACCUCUUCCAUUGCCAAGGUUGGGAAUACCUUGUGUUGGUCGAUCGACUCACCGGUUGGCCGUGUGUUGCAAAGAUAGGCCGCACAGCCACAUCUUCUGACGUGGUUCGUCAACUUCGUCGCUGGUUUACAGAUGUUGGCGUUCCCAGUGCAAUCUCAACCGACGGUGGUCCCCAGUAUGCGUCGCGACGCUUCACUGAGUUCUGCGACCGUUGGCAGAUGAAGCACAUCACAUCAACCCCGCACUUCCCGCAAUCGAAUGGCCAUGCCGAGUCCGCGGUGAAGUCCAUGAAGUACCUGAUUGCGAAAACCACUAGUAAUGGUGACCUGGACACCGAUGCCUUCCAGCGUGGUCUGUUGGAAUGGCGUAAUACCCCACAUCCGUCUGGACCCAGUCCUGCCCAGCUGCUAUUCGGUCGUUCGCUCUCGUCAUUCGUGCUGGCGCAUCACUCGUCGUUUGCCCCGGAGUGGAAACAGCGUGCUACCAGUAUAGAGAGUUCUGAUUCUCCACCUGUCUCGGAUCCAGAUUCGUCUCAGUCGCGCACGUUGUCUAAGCUCACUAUUGGCAUGCACGUAGAUCUGCAAGAUCCGCGCACCAAACGGUGGACAGGUCGAGGCAUCGUUGUCGGCAUUGGUACCCAUCGAGACUAUUACGUCAAGCUACGUAGUGGUCGUGUGUUUUGGCGAAAUCGUCGCUUCCUACGGCCUUAUGUCCCAUUGCUGCCUGAUCGCGUUUCUACUGAUAGUGCGUCUGAACCUGCUGUUCCCGCACCUACUGAGCCUGUUGUUGCACCCCGUCGCAGCACCCGUAACCGCCGUCAACCUGACCGUUUAAACAUUUCUGCACACCAAGGACAGUCAUAUGUUUGA